AUCCCCCUGCAUCAACAACACCCCUCCCAAUCAUCCCCACAAUGGCAGCUGCAAUCCCCCCAGGCGGAACCUUCUUCGACACGGUCCAGAAGAGGUUCGUCGAUGUGCCCGUCGACGAGUCCAAGGACAAUGCCAUCCAGACGACCGACUUCCUCGAGGCUGCCGAGGGCCUGACGACGCUCUUCGAUCUCCUGGGCUCGGCCGCCUUCAAGCCUGUCAAGAGCGACAUGACUGGCAACAUCAAGAAAAUCCGUGACAGGCAGCUCGCAGCACCCACACUCUCCGAGACUCUCCAGGACCUUGUCCUCAACGAGCUCAAGGAGAAGAAGCACACUGCCACCGAGGGCCUUGUCUGGCUCAACCGUGGCCUCGACUUCACUGCUCAGGCUCUCCGCCACAACAUCACCAAUGUCUCGCAUGAGCUCGCCGAUUCGUUCCGUGAGGCCUACGGCAAGACGCUUAAGCCCCACCACUCGUUUAUCGUCAAGCCCAUCUUCAGCGCCGCCAUGAGCGCGACACCAUACCGUGCCGAUUUCUACAAGAAGCUCGGCGAGGACGAUGCAAAGGUCCAGGCUGAGCUGGAGACGUACCUGUCUGCGUUGGAGAAGGACGUUGGCAUCCUGAACGAGUUCCUGGCCCGGAAGGAGGCCAAGUGGUAGAUCCACUGUGUCUACACAAGUUAAAAAAAAGGAAUAACGAAAGGUUGGGUUGAGAAUCGGCCAGCGCCGUUGAUGUGUCAUGUUGUUACGACGAGCAUGAUGAAUAUGAGCAGAUUAGCUCUCCCGCACGAAGCCUCGUUUCCUGCUGCCUGUCUGCGUGAUGUUCUUUUCGUGCUUCUCAGUCCGACCUUUUUCUCUGAAAUACAAA